ACCCCAUAUUUUAAGAGGUAUGGAAUAAAUAAGUGGCUAGUGAUUACUAUCUCAAGAAAAAGGAAAGAAAAAAGCAUAAAAGAUUGUCUUGGCAGGUGGUCAGUGAAGAGUGAAGACCUUACUUUUAUAGCAUUAGUCUAUAAUUUACAGGCUUUCUUAGCCUUGGACGACCCAGAUAUGAAGAUUGUGGUCAGAAACUGUUAAAAAAGAAAAGGUUGGGAGAGAGAAAUCUUAUUUCUGCAGAUAGCUAAACCAGCGGCUAGUUGAAGUUAACCACUCCAGCUGUGAAGCUAUGAAGCACAGCUGCUGCAGCAUCAGCCAUAAAAGUAAAAGCUACUAUCAAGUACUUGUUCUGGUUUCCCUGAUAUUGAUACUUCUAUUCAAAUGGUUUAUCUACAAAGGAGAUUUUAGACAGGUGGCGAGGUCAAUUUUCUUGUCAAGAUUUAGACCUCUAGGAAUCCUGGAGGAAGAUGGGGAGGUUAAGCUGCCACCAAAGGACUGUGAUGUGUUCACAGGGAACUGGGUUUUUGAUAAUAUAACUCAUCCUUUGUAUAAAGAAGAGGAAUGUGAGUUUCUAUCAGAACAAGUGACUUGCAUCAGGAAUGGCAGACAGGAUUCACUUUACCAGAACUGGAGAUGGCAACCUAGGGAUUGUUCUUUGCCCAAAUUCAAAGCAAGAUUAUUGCUUGAAAAACUUCGUGGAAAGAGGCUCAUGUUCGUGGGGGACUCAUUAAAUCGGAACCAAUGGGAAUCCAUGGUUUGUCUGCUUCAAUCUGCUGUUCCUCCAGGCAAGAAGAGCCUCAGAAAGUCAGGUUCUCUAGUUAUCUUCAGCAUUGAGGAGUACAACACCACGGUGGAGUUCUAUUGGGCACCGUUUCUGGUUGAAUCUAACUCAGACAAUCCAUGGAGGCACAGCGUAAAAGACCGUAUAAUCAUGCCUGAAUCAAUCAAGAACCGUGGAGAUGAUUGGAAGGGUGUAGAUUACUUGGUUUUCAACACAUAUAUAUGGUGGAUGAACACUGGAUACAUGAAAGUCUUACGAGGAUCGUUUGAUGCAGACCCCAUUGAGUAUGAUGAAAUCAAGCGGCCUAUAGCUUAUGGGAGAGUUCUGAAGACAUGGGCUAAUUGGGUUGAAGCAAAUGUUGAUUCCAAGUUUACUUCAGUCUACUUCAUGAGCAUGUCCCCUCUUCAUAUCAAGAGUUCGGAUUGGAACAACCCGGAUGGAAUCAGGUGUGCUAAGGAGGCUCUUCCAGUGUUGAACAUGUCCACACCGCCAAAUGUUGGCACAGACCACAGGCUGUUCCUGGCAGUAGCAAAUGUGACUCGAUCCAUGAAAGUACCGGUCUACUUCCUGAAUAUCACCACCCUCUCCGAGUAUCGAAAAGAUGCUCAUACAUCCGUUUAUACCACCCGGCAAGGCCAGCUGAUAACGCCGGAGCAGCAGGCUGAUCCAGACACAUAUGCAGACUGCAUACAUUGGUGCCUACCAGGUUUACCUGAUACAUGGAAUGAGCUCCUCUAUACACACAUCAUUUCACACUCUUGACCACCUAUGAUUUCUUUUUGUCUUUCACAGAUUGAUGAACUACAAAUUGGAAUUGAAUAUGAUUUGUUAAAGAAUUCUUGAGUCAGUUUGUGUAGCUGCAUAGAAAAUUCCCAAGAACAUGCUGCUACCUUACAUGCUUU